GACGAGUAUGUCAGAGUGUAUGAGUGAUGCCGCGCCAAGGCACACUAUCCUCUUGCUCCGUUGGGGAAACGCAAGCACCAACAGCAGUCCACCUUUAGGCCUAUAUAGUUCUUGAACACAGGGCGUCUUAGCGCUGUAUCAUCCGGCCAAACAAGUGAUGGUGACGAGUGAACUAAAGUGUUCACGUUCGCAGCGCUAACGAAAUGUUCGCUUGCGCUGCGCACUCGUGUGAGAGACACCAUAUUCACUGAAGUAGUUCCUGUGUGGCCCUGGAGAGUUCCCUGUUCCGGGCGUUGAGUGUUUUUUCCACCCCCUUUCUUUCUCUCUUGCUGUGUUUUUUCCAAGUCAGAAGUGUUGCUUGUUGAGUAACCGACUUGGAGCCACCAGUGCCGUGUGCGCGCGCGCGGAGAGCUGAGGAGGACCUAGCCUUCACCGCCACUGCCAAAAAGUGCACCGCCGAUGUUUUCCACCGCUCGCUUGAGGACCGUGGACUUUUCUCAUGGACAUGGAUCGCUUUCGCCUUCUUUAGUUGGAUACCGACCCGUCGGCACGACGAGGCUAUUUGCUUCCCGCCGGUGAAGAGGAUUUUCUUGCCCCUCUCUCUCUCCCUCCACUUCAGCCCGGUUCGCGGCACUUCAUCUCCUCAAGCAGUGAUGUUGCUACGUGACGGGAAUUGAGAGGAUUUUUUUCUCCGUAUUCGCCAGAAGAUAUCGACGAAAUUACAGACCUUACAAGAAGAGACCCCCGCCCAUUCUGAGCAUGGACGUGGCGAGCGAGGCCCAUGUUCUGGUGCUUUUCCUCACCUGCCUGGUGUCACUGUGCUGCGCCCAGGAGAAGGACUACACGGUGAAAGAGGAACAGCCCGAGAAUGUGCGCAUUGGAAAUCUGCGCAAAGACCUGGACCUGAACCUGGACCCCAACAUUAAGCUGUCUUCAGCCCUGCAGUUCAAACCGGUCUAUAAGACAGGCGAUGUGCCUUUGGUGAGGGUGGAGGCCAGCACAGGGGAAAUCUUCACCACUGCUAAUCGAAUCGACCGGGAGAAGCUUUGUUCUGGAGUCUUCAACGAGAAGCGUUGCUUCUACGAGAUAGAGGUGGCCGUGUUGCCAGAUGAGAUUUUUCGACUGGUCAAGAUCCGCUUCCUCAUCGAAGACAUCAAUGACAACGCACCCCUGUUCCAGUCUACUGUCAUCAACAUAUCUAUUCCUGAGAAUACAGCAAUCAACAACCGGUAUCCAGUCCCCUCUGCCUUUGACCCUGACGUCGGGAUCAAUGGGAUCCAGCACUACGAACUUGUCAAGAGUGUGAGUGAGUUUGGCCUGGACAUCAUUGAAACUCCAGAGGGAGACAAGUGGCCCCAACUUAUAGUCCAGCAGAACCUGGAUCGAGAAACAAAGGACACCUUUGUGAUGAAAAUCAAAGUGGAAGAUGGUGGCAACCCUCCAAAGUCCAGCACAGCCAUUCUCCAGGUCACUGUCUCAGAUGUGAAUGACAAUCGUCCAGUUUUCAAGGACAGUGAAGUGGAGGUGAACGUGCCUGAGAAUGCCCCAAUGGGGACAUCAGUCACACAACUUCAUGCCACCGAUGCUGAUUUGGGCUCCAAUGCCCAGAUCCACUUUUCCUUCAGCAACCAAAUCUCCCCAGCUACCAAACGACACUUUGCGAUCGACAGCUCCACUGGAUUGAUUACCGUCAAGCAACCACUGGACAGAGAAUCCAACCCAGUCCACAAGCUUAUCGUCCAUGCCAGUGAUGGCAGCACCACCCCUUCAAGGGCUACUGUGAUAGUAAAUGUAACGGAUGUUAACGACAAUGUUCCGUCUAUAGACACUCGGUAUAUAAUGAACCCUAUUAAUGGCACUGUAUUGUUAUCUGAAAAUGCCCCUCUAAACACAAAAAUAGCUCUAAUUACUGUGACUGACAGAGAUGCUGACCUUAAUGGUAAAGUGACAUGUUACACCGAUCAUGACGUACCCUUUCGGUUGAAGCCAGUUUUUAACGACCAGUUCUUGCUGGAAACCGCAGCACCCUUAGAUUAUGAGACUACUCGAGAGUAUGCAAUUAAGAUAGUUGCUUCGGAUUCAGGGAAGCCUCCUUUGAACACUUCCGCAAUGGUCCUCAUUAAAAUCAAGGAUGAGAAUGAUAAUGCCCCAGUUUUCCCUCAGCCAGAGAUUCAGCUGUCCAUCCCAGAGAACAAUGAUCCUGGCACACAGCUGAUAAAGAUCAGUGCCACAGAUGCAGACAGUGGUUCUAAUGCCCUGAUUAUUUAUUCCCUUGGCCCAGAUGCACCUGAUGGCUUUAACAUAGACUCGCGAUCUGGCAUCCUCUCUGUCAGCAAGCGGCUGGAUAGAGAAAAACAAGAAAAGUAUUCCUUCACAGUCAUUGCCAGGGAUAAUGGUUCUAACCCACUGCAGAGCAAUGUCACCGUGAAGCUAAUUGUCCAAGACCAAAAUGACAACAGUCCAGCCUUCACCCAUCCUGAAUACAAUUUCUAUGUGCCUGAAAACUUGCCUCUGUACGGCACAGUUGGUUUGAUCACAGUUACUGAUGCAGAUGCCGGCGAUAACGCUGUGGUCACUCUCUCAAUCAUAAAUGGGAAGGACAAUUUUAUUAUCGACCCCAAAACUGGUGUGAUCAAACCAAAUAUUACGUUUGACAGGGAGCAGCAAAGUUCCUACACAUUUGUAGUCAAGGCCGUGGAUGGAGGACUGGCUCAGACAACUUCAUAUGCCAAGGUUACUAUAAACGUCGUUGAUGUCAAUGACAAUCGGCCAGUGUUUGUCAUGCCCCCCUCCAAUUACUCCUAUGACCUCGUCCCUUUCACAACCAGCCCUGGCUCAGUGGUGACCAGAGUGUUUGCCAUUGACAACGACACUGGCAUGAAUGCAGAGCUGCAGUACAGCAUCAUUGGAGGGUCAUCAAGAGGACUGUUUGCUAUUGACAAAACUACAGGAAACAUUACCCUGCAGGAGAAGAUUGCAAAUGCUGAUCAAGGCCUCCAUAGGUUGGUGGUGAAGGUCAAAGACUUGGGCCAGCCAGAAUCCCUGCAUGCAAUUGCCCUGGUUCACUUGUUUGUGAACGAUACUGUAUCCAACGCCACAUUCAUUCAAGAGCAAGUGCGCAAAAGCAUGGAGACUCCUUUGGACAGAAAUGUUGAGGACAAUGAUGUCAUUCCUCAGACCAGUGGCUAUGUGAUUGUUGUCAUAGCCAUAAUUGCUGGGACUAUGACUGUCAUAUUGGUGAUUUUUGUGACUGCUUUGGUUCGUUGUCGACAGACACCUAGACACAAAGUUGUUCAGAAGGGCAAGCAGAGUGGCGAGUGGGUGUCACCAAACCAGGAGGGCCGUCAGAUUAAAAAGAAGAAGAAGAAAAAGAAGAGGUCCCCCAAGAACCUGCUGUUGAACUUUGUGACCAUUGAAGAAUCCAAGUCUGAAGACCCUACUCAUGAGCACAUCAAUGGCACCUUGGACCUCCCAGUUGAGCUUGAGGAGCAGACAAUGGGGAAGUAUAACUGGGCCACCACGCCAACCACCUUUAAACCUGACAGCCCUGACUUAGCCAAGCAUUACAAGUCGGCCUCUCCCCAGCCUACCUUUCAGAUCAAACCAGAGACCCCAGUGGCUCCUAAGAAGCACCAUGUGAUUCAGGAGCUCCCCUUGGACAACACAUUCGUAGUUGGCUGUGACUCACUCUCCAAAUGCUCCUCCAGCAGCUCCGACCCCUACAGCGUCUCAGAGUGCAGCUGUCAAGGGAGCUUCAAGCCAGCCGGGCAAAUCCACACCCGACAGAACCAGACCCAGACCCCAGACAAGACAUUUCCUGCAGUUCCUACUACUUGCCCUCAUAAGCAGACACAGCGGCGCGUGACCUUUCACCUCCCGGAUGGUUCUCAGGAGAGCUGCAGUGCCACCACUGGCCUGCAGGGGGAGCAGGAGGCCGGCAGCAGCACCACCCAGUCCCUGCCUCUGGGUUUCCCUCAGGACGAAUACUACGAGCAGACCUCGCCCAACAGCCGCACUGAGGGCGACGGCAACUCUGACCCUGAGUCCACUACUGAAGUAAACCUGCAGAAGGCACUGGCCGAGGCCUCGGAGACCUGCACCCAGGAAUGUCUGAUCCUCGGCCAUUCCGACAGCUGCUGGAUGCCCCCAGCGGUGACCCAGUUCCAAACGUCCGGCACCGCCACCCUGCCCUCCUUCAGCUUUCAGCAGAGCUGGGCAUCGCGUGGGGCCAAGGCGGAUGGCCGUCACACCCUGGGCAGGUCGGUGCCUAAAGAUGAUCUGGACAAAGGUGGCAACCGUCCCCAGUUCUACAACACGCUGGAUAGACACUGUAGCAAGAAAGAGGACCCUGUGAAGGUCAUCCCUCUAGCCAGCUUCUCCGCUACGUCCAGCCCACAAAGCUCCACUGCCGGCGGCUCUUCUGCCUUCUUACAUGAGCAUCAGCUGUAAGAGAAGUGCUUGGCCCCCCUAAAGCAAACACCGGGCAAGUCCAGGCCACUGACCAGUUAGCCAGAAAGGCAGAGAGAGUGAGUGACAUAUGAAAAAUCAAGGUCACUUAUCAACAAAUCUGUAAUUUUGCAGUGCUUAUAAAGGGAAUUCCAUGUUUUUUUUUUCUUUUUCAAUAGAGAAGGCUACUUAAGUGACAGUUUCAUAAUCCUCUUUAAGCACCAGUACUGUAAGUGUAUGAACUAGGCAACCAGUAGAUCUGAACCAAAGUAGCUUCUCAACUAAGGAAACAAAAAAGAGUAAAAAAAAAAGAAAUAAAUAAAUAAAGAUGUGUGUAUGUUUGGUAGGUAGCAGCUAAUGAAUCAAGCUUCAGAGGUUUGCUGUUGAUCAAAAAAAAAAAAAAACAAACAAUGAUGUCGAUGUUUUAAGCCUUUUAAAUAUGACGUAUUUACUAAACACAUGCAAGUAUCCGCUGUUGAAUGAAGUCAGUGAGGUUAAGUGUCAUUUGUGGGGGUGACUGCAUUAUGUUAGCUUUGGUGCGGUAGUGCGUGCAUCGUUUCUAGCAGAAUUUUCUCAGCCAGUGUUUAAAUCUGGCGAGCUGAGACACUCUCCUCCUCAUCGGAGUGCGCUGCGUGGACUUUGUCAAGACACAUUAUUAAGCCUCACUGCAAAAACUGCUCUCACUCUGUGUUAACAUGAAGAAAGUUUUUUUUUUUAUGAGCCCUUUCUCUCUCUCCUAAAAUCGGCUACUUUUUUUUCUUUUUUCCCUAUGAACUGAGAAAAGCCUUCCUCUGAUGUUCAGUGUGCCGGUAGUUGCCGUGCAUCUGACACCCUUUCCCUCCCAUUAUUAGGAACCUACUCAUUUUCAACAUUAUCUCAUUAGCCAAGCCUGGGAAGGCACCGACAGAUGUGCUAAAGAGCCGUCCUUUGUUUUCUUUCUCUCCCUACAUCAAGUUUCCCUCUUGAAAUAUACAAUUUAUGCACCAUAACAAGUGCUAUGGAACCAAUUAUGAGAAUCUCCCGAUAGUAUAAUUACUUUGAUCUGUAAUCACCAUAGCAGCCAUAGCUGUGGAAGAGUGCACUGUAAUGGUAUAAUUGGCUUACUUUUUUUGUGCUUUACCUUCAUGACACACCAUUCUUUUGAAACUUGUUAAGAGUGGAAUACUCAACCUCCCAGUGUUUGAUUUAUGUCAUUUAUGGUUUUUACUUAACUGUAUCAAAGAAUCCACAGCCUUAACUAUUAGACAUAUUCCAUAAGCUUGUAGAGACUGGUAUUAGGGGAUUCUUUAUAUCUGUACCCAGCUCAGCGCUCCACAGUUAGGUGCUAGGAUUAGUGAAAUGGAACUACUUUGACUGUGAAGGAAGCAAACAUCAUAACACAGUGUUAUCCAUAAGGACAGUGCACAAUAACAUGGAUGGAAAAGUUGAUUACAAAUGCACUCACAAAAUUGUUAAUUAGCCUUUCAUUGCUGUCAGAAUAAAACUAUCUCCAUAUUUGUCCAUUUUCAGUUUUUGACAUAAUUUGCAAGUACCCUUUGCUCUUUAUAUUGUGUGUAAAUUUUGUGAUGAAUGGACCAAAAGAAACUGCCCAAAAUUACUUGAAAAUAAGUUCUAUUGACUUACAUUAAAAGUUUCAUGUUUUUUCCUUCUCCUGUAAAGUUAAGUUGGAAACACACAGUUUUGUUCCAACAGCAGCGAUAUGUUUAUGAUUCUUUUAACAAAAGUCACAUGCACUGUGUUACUUGCUUAUAGCUUAUGUUUCUAGCUUAUGUUUGGAAUCAAGUAAUCCCCUAAAGAGACAAAACGUGUCAUUUUAUGCCAGUUGCAGGAAGUAUACUUUCUUCAAUUCAGCAUGCUUAGUAUAUACUGACAACACCCAAGUAUUUGGGUCAGUGAGCCAAAAAAUUACUUUGUUAUAAAUUAGGUAAAGUAGCAGUGGAAGAAUGCACGCCAGGAGAGUGUUAUGAUGAGCCCAGGUCUGGCGUAUUGCUCAUUGAUCUGAGAGAAGGCAGCAGCAGGGCCCUGAACUACAGCAAAAAUUCCCUUAAUGCUGUUAAUCAAGGAGAAUAAUUACAGGGUGGUACUGUGUCAGGGAAGGCUGACGUGUACUGGAUUUACAGUAAAACAUUUUGUUUCCUGCUUACUGUGACAGUAUCAUUCGAAGGGAAAUGUUGAGUAAUAGGGAAUGGAUGCUGAAUAAACACGAGCUUUGCAUGGAUCGGUACACCAGGAAAGCCUUGGUUUAAAGCACUAACACCGGCACUAUUUCACAGUAUCGGGAUUGCAGAGCGCAAGUGGAAUUUCUCUCCUUUUGUCAUCAAUCACGCCGCAUAACACACAGUACAUUUGCUCCUUUGCGUUGGCAAGAAUAAGAGUGAGUAAUUAAAAGUCUAUUGUCUAAUGGGUUUCAAACUUCUUUUGAGCUCCUUAUUAGCUGGAAGAAAAGGUCUUUGAAGAAUGUGGCCUCAGGGGUUCAGAGAAAUUGACAUGAAUAUUCUGGGGGAAAAAAAAUACUGUGCUUUCAAAUCAGAAGAUUUGCAUAUUAUUUUACAACCGCAUGCAUCCACAUGUUAUGGGUUGAAAAAAAAAAAAUCCGAAACCGUAAACAAUCAAAAUGCUCCUUCAGUGUCAUGCAAUGCUAAUGCACCUCCGCCGUCUAUGGAUAGAUAAACUCUGUACUUGAAUAUGAAAUUUUAAUGAACUCUGAAAAAGUUCAUUGAAAAAAAGCAAGAAAAAAAACAUUUUAGUGUGUAACUGUUUUAGCGUGGUUACACUUGGUGCCAAAGGUCUUGCAAGUGAGAUAAACAAAAAAAAGAAAAGAAAAAAAAAAAGAAAAAAUACUGAAAACAUCACUAAGAACCCCAGUAGACAAACGGAGAAAUGUAUAUUAUGU